AUGGAAGGUGAUUUCUACUCUCCAGAUGAGCCAGACGAUGUGAAGUCCACUCCCUCCAUGGCUUCCGGCCUCCUCCUGUCCCGUGUCACCAGUGCGCCUGAACCCAGCCGUCGAGUAGCGGAUGGUCCCUUCUUGCCAUCAUUGCAUCAGACACCGCGAAAACGCGACUUUCCCAUGGAACAGUCUCACAGGCGUCGCGGUGCCGACCGACCAUCUCCUCCUGCUAGAUACUUCUGGUCUCCGGGAAGCUCCAGUCCACGGACGGAGCUAGAAGAACCUCCCGACAAACGCCCGCGAUUGGAUUAUAUACCGGAAAAGUCAGAAACGGGAGAGGAAUCGUCUAAGAGGAGGAUGAACCCUCAGGGACUCCAUAUCCAUAUCCACGAAAGGGUCGGAAUGGGCACGUCUAUUGGUGAUAAUGACUGA